GCGGAUCCAACCUCGUCCUUGGUCUGAAUAUCCUCAACAUUCUCCCACGGCGACUGCACCAGGAUCGGAGCACGAUAUGACCACAAUACACACACCCUGUUCUUGAAUGCCCUGUCUCUUACAAUAUGCGGCCUCUGCCUGGUGACGAUGCCUUCACCGCACGCUCUCGGAGUGGGAGCGCGGCCGAUAAUGAAACAACUCCCCUCGCAAGUCGAUCCCAACCUCCGCAGAUGACCUACUUCAUAGCAGACGAGAAGACGAUGGAAGCUUCCCAGAGCCAUUCUCCAACUAUGCUACCAAAGCACCGAGAUUUCUCCAAGAGCAGCACUUACGGUGUUGAGAGCCUUGAAACCACGAUAAGCUCUUUGGCUCAUGAUAGCGACGAGUCGGAGGAGAAGGUGCGGCGAGCAAGGCAGAACUGGAAGAAGCAUCUCAGACAGCAGACACCGACUCGAGCGGAGGAGGGCCUGCCGGAAUCGACCUCUCCAUCCUUGAAAUCCUCGGGCGAUGUCAGCGGGAAUGUCUCUCCCUCGCAUCAACGCCGAUCCUCCCAAGCUACGAUAUCAAGACCCUUCACACCUCUCUCUUUCGGAUCACCAGCUCCCGCAUCGGUCAUGAGCAGUCCGAACUCUCGCAGAAAUUCAGAUGCAGGAUCGUACAUGGAUGAUAUUGCCAGUCAGGCCAUUGUGUCGAGUGGAGAUGAGGACCGGGAUGUCGGGUCGGAGUUAAUAGAUAGUGGGAGUGCGCCCCAACUGGUCAUGCCGAGUAUCAAGAUGCCAAGUAGAAGGCCAUUUACGGAAAGAGGAAAGAAUAUGGGAAGGCUCAAGGUGUUGAUUGCCGGUGAUUCUGGUGUUGGCAAAACCUCCCUCAUCAAAGCCAUUGUCCAAACUUGCGAAGAUAUUGUCCAUGUCGACCCCUUAUCCGCGACACCGAUUGCGGCACCGGAGACGAAGCGGAAGAGUUCAAGGGCAAAAUCGAGGAGUGGAAGUUCGGAUCUACAAUCCACGACACAAAUCACUGAAGUUUAUGCAAGUACGAGGGCAUAUCCAGCUUGGCUUUCCGGUUUAGAAGAGAGCCGAAUUCUGCGAAGGCGGAAAAGCAUGGGAGACUCGGUUUUGGAGAGGAAUUUGUGCUUUGUUGAUACCCCUGGUUACGGCAAUAAAACUUCAUGCUUAGAGUGUAUCACCCCCGUCGUCGACUACGUUGAGUCUCAUUUCAAGAAAACGUCUAAUUUCGAAGGCUUGAGCGAGUUAGAGAUGGUCAAUAUGCUUUCUGGGAAUGGUGGAUCUCAGGUCGAUGUGGUGUUAUACAUUAUUUCAAACAGAGUCAAACCCGUCGAUAUCGAAUAUCUCCGACGUCUUUCUCAUCUGACAAACGUAAUUCCAUUGCUUGCAGGAUCCGAGGCUUACUCCGAGGAGCAAAUAUCAUCAACCAAAGAGCACAUCUUGAGCGAACUCCAGGCAGCAAAUAUUCGGCCCUUCCUCUUUGGUCUGAACCCUGAAUUCGCCCAACAUACUUCGUACCCAUCAGCUCCUUACGCAAUUUCGACGACACCUUCUAAGGACCACGACACUAUGGACGCUAGUCUCCUCAUGUCACCAGACUAUGUCCAGCCAUUAAUACAAUCCGAACUCCAAGCACUGGUCACCCAGAUGUUCGACCGUGACACUAUAUCCUGGCUGCGACAUUCAGCUGCAAAGAAAUUCGUCCAAUGGCGAGCUUCUUCUACUCCUGUCUCAAAGCCACAGUCCCUCUAUCAACCACUUUCUUCCUCCUGUUCAUCUCAAGUUCUCACUGCACCAGUGGGAGCGACAACCUCCUACGCAUUGGCAAGAAUCACCGAUCACACCCAGCGAGAAGAACGCAUCGCGCAAGUGCGGCUUGCAAACUGGGCUGCAGACCUCCAACGCAGUCUCCAGAAUGAGCGAGCUCGCUUCGAUGCCCUGGCCAGGAGCGAACGAGCAGUAUGGCUCACCGAACGACUUGGCGAAUGCGUCCAAGACGGAACCAUUGUCCCGGUUUCACAGGCCCGGAAAGAGCUGACAUCUCCACAAUUCGACUCUGGAUCCGGAGCACUGGUGAAGCAAGGGACAUACACUCGACGUCGAGAGCGCGAGCGAGACAUGCGUGGAGAACUGGAUGUCAACGAUCCCCUGGGCCUUCUCAAGUUAAAUGAGGAGAUGAAGCGAAGAGGAUGGGUGGUGUUGAAGAUCGGUAUCCUGGGCGGCAUUGCAUUCUGGAUCACGAGGUCUCUGCAAAGUGCUGAGGCACAGGGUGGGUGGUGGAGCUUUGGUGGCUCGUCAGGAUUGAAUCUCAGGGAUAGGCUUGAGCUGUGGUGGUUGAUGUAGAUGGCGGUAGCGAUAUAUGAAACAUUGGGUUUUUUGGGGAUUUGGGGUUGGGAGAUAUCUUCGCUCUGAUUUUUUGCAUGCGUGGAAGGCUGAGGGCGAAGAGAUUGGUAAUAGGUGUUAGGGGAUUGCGCAUGGUUGGAGUAUUUCAUCUCUUCUCAUAGUAUAGCCGGU